UUAAUAUAUAGUCAGAAAAAUUGAAGUGUUCCAAUCAAUGGCUGAUGAGGUGAAACUUUUGGGAGUUGUGGGAAGCCCAUUUGUAUGUAGAGUACAGAUUGCUUUAAAAUUUAAAGGAAUUGAACACAAAUUUGUUCAAGAAAACUUGGCCAACAAAAGUGAUGAACUCCUUAAAUAUAAUCCAGUUUAUAAAAAGGUUCCGGUUUUUGUUCACAAUGAGAAGCCAAUAUCAGAAUCUCUUGUGAUUCUUGAGUACAUUGAUGAAGUUUGGAAGAACAAUCCUAUUUUUCCUUCUGAUCCAUACCAAAGAGCCUUAGCUCGAUUUUGGUCCAAGUUCAUGGACGACAAGAUUGUGACUCCGUCAUUCAAAUCCGUUUUUAACGUCGACGAGAAAGAACGUGAGAAGAAUAUUGCAGAAUCAAGUGAGGCUCUUCAGAUUCUUGAGAAUGAGCUGAAAGACAAGUUUUUUGGUGGAAAAGAGUUUGGCAAUGUUGAUAUCGCUGCUGUGUUCAUAGCAUUUUGGAUUCCAUUGUUUCAAGAUAUUAUAGGGCUGAAAUUAUUCACUGCUGAAAAAUUUCCAAAGCUUUAUAAGUGGAGCCAAGAGUUUCUUAACCAUCCAACUGUGAAGGAAAUUAUGCCUCCUAGGGACCCGCUUUUUGCCUUUUUCAAAGGUGUCUAUGAGAAACUUCAUUCUUCUUCAAAAUAGAUCAAUCAUCAAUAUACUUAUUGAUAUCUGUAUUGAUACUCAGAAUAUCAACUUUCUGUCUUCAUGUUAUUUUUUUUAUAAGAAGUAUCUUUAUGUUUUUGGUGCUGUGAUUUUAUUACAAAAUCACACUUCCUCUAUUUCAUGUCUAGAAAAAAUAUUUAUCUCA